AUGAAGGGUCUAGUUAUCUUUGGUGGUAAUGGGCUUCUAGGUAAAAGAAUUUGUGAACAAGCUGUGCUUUCUGGGUAUAAAGUGACCUCUUUGUCUCGUUCCGGGAGACCACCCUUACCAACUUCCAAGAAGCAUGAUGACGAAACAUGGAUAAGCAAAGUCAAUUGGGAAAAAGCUGAUGUCUUGAACCCUUCCACUUAUGAGAAAUUCCUGUUAGACAAGAAUGUGAACGACGUGGUGCAUUCUGUCGGUAUACUGUUGGAAAACUCCAACUAUAAAUCAAUUUUAAAUUCUAAAGGGGGAAACAACAAUCCAACAACUAAGACUCAAUCUUAUGAUCUGAUAAAUAGGAAAUCUGCCGUCUUGUUGGCUGAUACAUUUCAACAAUGUCUCUCCAAGAAGAAGAAAGAUGAAAAUGAAACUGAAGACAGUGGAAUAAACCCAUCAUUCUCGUAUAUAUCAGCUGAUAAAGCAUUCCCCAUUAUACCCGAGGGUUACAUCCUUUCAAAGAGAAAGGCAGAAGAGGAGUUAUUGAGUAAAUAUUCACACAACCUCAGACCAAUAAUUAUGAGACCGGGGUUCAUGUUUGAUGAAACUUUACUUUCCACUUGGGAUAUAAGAACAUCCAUGAACACAGUCGUUUCGUUCUUGGAUACUACAAAUAAAGGCUUAUUCAAGGGUAAAUUACCAACAAGGCCUUCAAUUUCAACUCAAUCCGUGAGUAAAUGUUUGCUAUCCAAGAUUAAGGAUCAAUCGUUCCAGGGGAUAGUACCAUUAGAGGAAAUUUCCAAAUUCUAA